UAUAAUGUAUAAUGUUGAAGAUAUAAGUACAUUAUGUUAUAUAUAAUGGGUAAAUCACCAUCGAACAAUUGCUCUUAGACAGUCACUUAGUUAUUAUAUGCUAGAAUUCGCGUUGUCCAUAAUAAGGUAUCUAGACUUUUAUAUCAUUUCAUUAUACUAGACGUCCGUCCUAUAGAAGGCCAGAGGGGGAACAUUAUAGAGUACACACAAGAUCGCAACAGCAAACAUGUCCAAGGGAAAAUGGGAAGAACUCGCCGCCAAGAAACGCCGGGACCUGGCCAACUCCAUACCCCAAGAGUGGCGCAUCCCGAGCCAUCUCCUGCCGCCCGCCGACCAGGACGACGUUACCGGCUUCCCCGAGGCAUCGGGAUGGUUCACAGCCGACGAGCUGUCCAUCACGAACCAGACCGCCUUACAACUUCUGCCGAAACUCGCAUCCGGGGAGCUGACAUCCGAAGCCGUCACGCGUGCUUUCUGCAAGCGUGCCGCUGCAGCGCACCAGCUGAUCAACUGCCUUUCCGAAACAUGCUUCGGCCGUGCUCUCGAUACGGCUAAAAAACUAGACGAGCACCUCGCGCAGACGGGCAAGCCCAUCGGGCCUCUACACGGCCUACCCGUCUCGCUCAAGGAUAACUUCAACCUGGUCGGCCUAGACGCAACCGUCGGCUUCGCAUCGCACAUCGGCGACCCGGCCAAAUACGACGCCGUGCUAGCCGACCUCCUCCGCGAGGCCGGCGCCGUCUUCUACGUCAAGACGAACGUGCCCACGGCCAUGAUGAUCGCCGAGUCCGUCAACAACGUCUUCGGCCGCACCGUCCACCCGCGCAACCGCAAGCUGACGAGCGGCGGCAGCUCCGGCGGCGAGAGCGCGCUCGUCGCCUUCAAGGGGAGCCCCCUGGGCGUCGGCACCGACAUAGGCGGCUCGCUGCGCAUCCCCGCCGCCUGCACGGGGAUAUUCACGCUGCGGCCCAGUUUCGGCCGGUUCCCGACGCUGCGCUGCCGCUCCGGCCUGCCGGGCCAAGAGGCCGUGCAGUCCGUCAACGGCCCCCUGACGCGCACCCUCGCCGACCUCGAGUUCUACUCCAGAACCGUCGUCGACGCCGAGCCCUGGCGCUUCGACCCGCGGUGCCUGCCCAUCCCCUGGCGAGCCGUGUCGCUGCCGCGGAAGCUGAAACUCGGCGUCAUGUGGCACGACGGCAUUGUUCUGCCCACGCCGCCCGUGACGCGGGCGCUGCGGCACGCGGUGGCGAAGCUCGAGGCGGCUGGCCACGAGGUGGUGGAGUGGUCGCCGGAGGACCAGGCGCAAGGCACGAAGCUGCUAGGCCGCAUGUUUUUUGCGGACGGUGGCAAGGCGAUCAAGCGGGAGCUGGAGAGGACGGGGGAGCCGAUACGGCCUGAAAUGGCCAUGUAUGCCAGCGCGCGGGAGCUAGGCGGGCUCGAGUACUGGGAGCUGCAUCUCGAGCGUCAGGAGUUUCAGAAGCGGUACCUUGAUCGGUGGCUGAGCGCAGGCAUCGAUGCGAUCCUGUGUCCUACGACGCCGUAUAGCACUGUUGAGCACGGCAAGUUCGGACAUGUUGGCUACACCGGCGUCUACAACGUGUUAGAUUAUUCCUGCAUAUCCUUCCCUACGUGCGUCAUUGUCGAUAAGUCUGUGGAUAUUGCGCUUGACGAUACAUAUAAACCCCUUUCGGCUUUAGACAAACUCACCCAGGCCGAAUAUAACCCCGAAGCAGUGCACGGAAUGCCCGUAAGCUUGCAGCUAGUAGCACAGAGAUUGGAGGAAGAAAAGUGUGUAGAGAUGUGUAAGGUUGUACUAGACGUAUUAUCAUAGACAUUAGAUCUGGCCCGAGGAUAUAUCUAUCUAGAUCAAAGCCAACAUGGCAAAGAUAAAAUAAGCUAAUAUCGUUUGUCCAAGCGGUAACUAACAAAUUUGUACCUGGCGAUUGAUUCCGAAAUGGCAAUAGAUAUAGAUACCUAGGUAAAGAAGGAUAUCUGAGGCCAUAAUAUGAACAUGUUUACAAGCAAGAGACCAGUAAAUAUCCGUUGAUCCUGGUCAUGAGAUCCAACAAAACUCCGAUAGGCACCAAUAGAGUUCCCUCGCUAAGCCAUGAUCAAGACAGACUUUUGUGAACCAUAAUACCAGGUUCAAAAGCCAACGUCGUCGACGUGAAAGAAUAUAGAUAUGAUAAUAUAGCACAUAAAUCGUCUGAUAAUCCAGCUACUGGUCGCCAUGACUCACCAUAUAAACCUAAAAGUAGAAUUGUUGUUGCGAUUGUCCGGGGGGAGCUUGUGGGAGGAAGUCGAAAUUCAUAUUGGCUUCGGUAUAAAAGGGAUCUGGUGAUUCUGUAGAGGGUAAUUAGGUAACCUAUGAAGGAGGGGAUAAUAGAUUUGACUACUUACCCCAGAAAAUUGAAUCAUAAAGGUCCAUGGGCGCCAGUGACGUAGGAUCUAGUUGGUCCAUGCCUGGCAUUCCAACCUGUUGUGGGAUUGACGUUUGAUACGGCAUCGUCCUACUAAU